AUGUGCAUCUUGCUGGGCGCUAGGUUUGAUGUUGUUGCACGUGGAACAGACACGGCGGCAGAUGGAACAAGUGCUCUACCGUAUCACACAGCUCAGUCCAACCUUGAUUAA